CCAUGCCGGAUACGUGCACGGGGAAGCUGCUCCGACUACGCGGGGCGCUCGGCGGCGUCAACUGGCGACCGACGCGUUUCGCCGUGGGCGGACUGCAUCCGUACGCCUGCUCCCUGUGCGGAGUGAUUCCGAAGCACACGCUGCUGUUACCGUGUGAACACGCGCUGUGCGAGACAUGCAAGAGCGGUAGCCUCGAAGAUGACGGAGGCGUGUGCCCGCUGGACCAUGAACCUUUCGUCGAGGACGAAUGCGGAAGAAUCCCUCUGCCGCUGAGGAAACUCAGCAGCCUCAAGGCUCGCUGCUGGAAUGAAGCCCGAGGCUGUCCCUUCGAGGACACCCUGCCCUCUCUACUGCGCCAUUACGAGGAGGAGUGCAACUUUCACGCAGUCGAGUGUCCGAGAUGCGGCGAGGUAGCCCUACACGCUGACCUGGUGGCGCAUUACAAGGCUGGCUGCCACGGCCGGGUGCCAUCUGUGACAGACGACGAACCACCGCGGUACGAUAGCGUCCUCAGAGUUGGCGACAUCAACGCAGCGUUGGAAGAAUUCAACGCGCUCUUGAGCCAGCUGUACCAGGACCAGCUACCGACCAUGGAGAGCAAGAUGAACGAAAUCACCGAGCUGGUAACGAACCACGGCGCACUGCUGCAGGAGCUUAGGCAAACUUUGAGGGAAACGCAGCAGAGUCUAGCUUGCAGGCAGUCGGAAACGGCGCAACAACUUUCCGCCAUGUUUGACGAAAAACUCCAGUCCCAGGUCGACACGCUUUGUUCUAGGCUUCGGGACGCCACGCCGGAUGAAGAGCGCCGGUCGCCCAUGCCGUGGUGCCAGGAAAAGAGACACGUGCUUCGCAGGUUGGACGUCAUGGUGACGCAAUCGCUGGGCUACCUGAGCGACCUGCGCCACGCCACUGUGCGGGAUGUUCCGCACCUCGUCGCCCGCUGCGAUAUGGCGUGCGACCACAAGGAGAGAGCUAUUGUCGAUCCGCUGUACUCGUCUCAGCUGAGACUACUGGAGCGCUUCACCUAUUGCCUGAACUUGAAAAACGCAGACAAAAUCGGCCACGAUUAUAAACGUUCCGGCAGAAGAGUGCUGGACGUGGUCGACCUGUGGCACUGCAAGGAUUUGUAUUUCAUCAUCGCCAUCGCCCUCGAUGACAAUCCGGGCUGGUUUGAAGUCUGUGUUCAACUGGCUGGAACAGUUCGAACCCCCAGUCUGAACCCUUUCGUCAGGAGUGUGGAGCUGCAGGACAAAGACUGCAGGAGGUGUCGGUACUUGCAGGAGGCGGAUCCGAAUAACAUGUCGGGUCAUCGCUCGAAAUGGAAGAAUAUAUUUCGAACUGACUACUGGCAGCUGCUAAGGGAUGGCUUCUUCGAUGGCGGAGAGGCAAAUAUCAACGUCAUCGUCUGCCACGUUUAGACGCGGUUGGCGCCACUUCUGCAGAUUAGAGGCUCGCAAAAAGACAAAAAAAAUAUAUAAGGAGGCCGGAAAUGUAGUGACCGUUUUACGCGUAUCUUGAGAACUGUGAGGAAACGACCGUAACUUUCGGGGUGCGUUUUAAAACAAUGUAACCAUGGCUUGCAUAACGUGCCGAAAUAGUGGGUUGUAAGGGACACCGCAGUGGAAGGCUCCGGAUUAACUGUGAAAACCUGCUUUUUUUUAACGCGCCCCCAAAGUACGGUACACGAGCGUUCUUUUAUUACAUCUCCAUGAGAAUGCGACCACCGUGGCCGGGAAUCGAACCCGCGACCUCGUGCUCAGCAGCUCAGCGUCAUAGCCACUGAAGGGUGGGCUGCAAUGAAAGUUAUUCGACAGACUCGAGUUAUUUGUGGCAGCAGCAAGAAAUGAAGCUCUGCGACAAAAAUAUUUCCUAUUGACCAUUGGCAACGUUGCGAUAUCAGUGGUGAAGGUAUACGGAAUAUUCAAGGGGGUGGCAGCGCGCUCGAGUGGACUUUCUCGAGUGGACGAGAAAGCUACUCGCGUCAAUAUUGAAUCGUUGUUAGAAAGCGCGCAUUUUUAACCGAAUUUUCAAAAUGCCCAGUGCAAUGUUUGGCGUAGCGAGACGCGCAGUGUCUCGGGGAUCAUAAAAUGUUGUAAACGUUCGCAGUGGCGUGCCAGCAUUCUGCGCAUCCAUGCCUGUAGGAAGGAAGGAAGUAUUUUAAUGAUUGGAAAAUGUAGAGAGGUCGGCCGGAUAAUGGAGCAUCUGGCCUGCUACUCUACGUAAGGGAGGGGGAAGAGGGGAAGAAAAGGGGUCACAAUGAUGGAUGAUAAUGGGAGGAACGAGGUGAAUGACACAUUACACAACUGGUAUCACAGGCGUGAGUCCAGGCCAGUGUCACCUAGGAAACGUGAAAGUGCACGCAUUGUCUCUGUCGUCUGCCAACUCUGUGGCCACGCGCCUAGCAAGAGGUCCUCCGACAGUGGUCCAUUGUGGAAAUGUCUCAAUGUAUCUGCCAAUGUCAGUCUUUCUCGCGCAUACUCAGGGCACACCACGAGCACAUGUUCUAUAGUCUCUACAGCGCCACACACUGUAGAAUCCAUGCCUGUAGAUUUCUAGCUCGUAUAGGCCAAGUUGUCUUCCUAAUAGGCUUGUUAUUUUGUGCGUGUGAGGUCUAUGGAGACUCUACAUCGAUAUGAAUUGUUGAGAGUUCAAUUUACCUUGGUCUGCUACUGUUCCAUAUUGGCAUCCAGAUGUGUGCUACAUUGCCGAUACUAUAUAUAGACAUUUUCCGACAAAAUAUCUUGAUGUUGCUGUUCGUGACAAUGACGAUGUGUUAGGCGGUUUUCAAACAUGUCAUUCCGUGCAGACAAGUGUUCCGCCUUAGCGACGCUUGCAGCAUAGAAAAUGCGUCGUAGGUUUUCUAUGAGUUGAAGGGGCAACUAAAAGUGCAAGAAAAGGACGCAAGUCCACUUUUCGCGCUAUUCGCAGUUCGGUCAUCUCCGCCGUGAACAUACGCACAAACAAUAUCUGCAGACUUCUCGAUGACUCUCUAAACAAACUUCUUUUUUCUUGUUUACCAGAGAGGUUCUCUCCGACAAGAUAAAGAGAAGAUGAGUGGGCCACGUGCACUCCGCAGAACGCACCGCGGACAGAAGCUGUAGAGCCAGUCGGAGCCCUUGCCUAUAUGGGCUGUACUGUGAACCGAAAACUACUAGUGUCAAAUAACAACCUUAAGAGUGUUCCCUCGCUACAAUUCUUCACGCACAGCUCUGCCAGGAAGACUGAGGAAUUGCUUCGAUGGCGCAUGAUGUGGUAUAAGUUCGCUAGAAACAUUUUGUCCAACACCGUUGCCUCACAACUUUAAAUUGUUGAAUGAAUGGAAAUGUGACAUGAGGUGCAAUCAUUUCGUUUUCUACAUGUAUGAAAACUACAGCUUUCGACAUUCGUUAUUUUGCAAUCCAUGUCCUGUUCCGCGGCCUCAACCCCUCGGUGCGGUUUUUGCCUAUACGUACCGCGCAAUGAAACACGGACCCGAACGAUCGCCUCACGACUCAUCACUACCCUCGCCACUCGCACUUCGCCCGAUGUACUGAUGUCGCGCAAUGUGAAUGCGUGUAAGUGCUUGUCUCUACACUG